AUUUUAACCCUCGCUUCCUUUGUUUCCAUUCCAGCAAACAUCUUUCGUCUUUCCUCAGAUCCCAGGCAACUUACUCAAGACUCCUAGUACAUCCACGUCCUUUUUCCUCGAAUCUGCUUGUCCCGUACUGAUAUUGGUGCACACGCACACGACAUCUACCACUUACAACCAGUCUCGUCUCUGAAGCCAUAGUCUCCCCUGAAGCGGAAAACUGCGUCUUUCUGUGGUGAAGUCUGAUCCAGAAAUUACGUCUUGUUAGCAGACCCUAUUCCAGAGAGGCCCGCGACCGCCAACACACCCUCCUUCGCCUCAAAUCCACGACAUGACACCAACAUUCUAGGCAACAGCAAGCGAGCUCACUAGGUGCGGCAAUGCCAGAUACACCCACCGUGAAUGGCGCCGCCGCAUAUGGAUCGCCUUCAAACGCCUUCGAAACUUCCAGCAUUCUGCAGGCUUUAGAAGUCAUUCACAACCCUACCACUCACAACGAUGUUAGACGCCAAGCAUCUGAUUACCUCGAGCGCCUCAAGGCAAGCUCUGACGCGCCUCACUAUGGCUUUAUCCUCUCAACUGACCGCUCACAACCUCCGUUGGUCCAGCACUUUGGUUUGUCCUUGUUGAGCCACGUUAUCCAUCACGAGAUACACAACCUUUCCGAAGAGCAGAGCAACCAUCUUCGAGCCUGUGUCCUUGACCUUGGAGCAGCUUUGCAGCCUUCUGACCUCGCCUUUGUGCGCAACAAAGUCGCUGAGUUGUGGAUAGAACUUGCAAAGAGAUCUUGGGCGUUGGACUGGUUUGACCUGGACGAGCGACUCGUUCAACUGUGGUCACAAGACCUUACCCACAAAGGCUUCGUUCUCACCGUGCUCGAAAACUUAUCAGAGGAUGUCUUUGUCCGUGAAGACAGCAUUGCCAUCCUACGAGGCCGAGACCUGAAUUCCGCUGUGGUGGAAAUUUUUACAUCAAGCUCUAACUAUGCAGGUGGUAUAAAAAUCGGCGACAGUGUCCGACAAAUGAGGCACGGCGACAUUGGCUGGCUUGCCAGAAUCAGUACCUUCUUGACUGAGGUCGUCAACAACCAAUCUGACGAUAAAUUGGUCAAGGAAAUAACUCUCAAGGCUAUGAGCGCGCUCCGGUCUGUAUUUAUUUGGAUCACCAGCGCGUCCGUUGUUCACUCGAUGGUUCUUGCCACUGUGUGCAAUUUUCUGACCAAGGAUGACCCAGAAUUGGUGACAGGCGCGGUAGAGGCUCUUCUCUCCCUCUACGGAAAAACACGGAUGGAACUCAUCGAGGUGCAGGCACUCGUUCACCCUCUCAUCCAGCCAGACAGCGUGGCAACACUCCGGCAGCUAUAUAUCAAUUCCAUUGUGACCUUCGAUGACGUUUACAGCAGUAGAUAUGUGCUUUCCAAGAAGCUGUCCGAGCUCGUCUCGUUACUCUCGGAUCAUACGUGUCAAUAUGGCCCACCCACUCCUGAUGAACUCGACAUCACGCCCUUUCUACAUUUCCUUACCACCAUGGCCGAACAUGAAAGUCUGAUUGUCUCGAUCCCCGUCGUCCAUUCGUGGGUCAAGAUCCUGGAAGGACAUGCAUGGCGCAAUAGCCCGGCAGUGGCAUCUUCCAUCGGACCUAUUCUACAAGUUGCUUCUGAUCGACUAAUACAAUACGAUCAGAUGCCGGAGGACAGCCACAAUCCAUCUGUGCUGUUUCUCAACGAAGAAAUUGAGCUCUUCCCCGAACGCCAGGGCUUCUACCUCAACUAUCGACGCCUAUGCUCUGCAGUCAUCGAAUGGAUCUGUUAUGGACAACUUGAGGUAGCAAUGCAGGCCGUGUUCAAGCGGGUUGAUGAACUCCUGGAUGAGGUGCAGAAUGCCGAGCAACAUUUCAAUCCUGCAGAUUAUGACCGCUCCUCCGAGGUUGUCCUUCGCGCCGACGCCAACUUUGCUCUGAUCGACGCUGCCUUUAGAGGGUUUGAUCGCUGGCAAACAAGACACAAAGACAACGGCGCCUCCCCAGAACAAGGGCAAAUUGGUGAUAGAGUGCGCGAAGCUUCAAAAGCGUGGAUGCUGAGUAACAUGAAUAACAGAACUUUCAAAGACCCGCAGAUCAGGCAACGUCAGUUGAAAACUGCUGUCGAGGUUUCCAACCGGGCACUGCAGAAAGACACCGGCUUUGCUUUCAGUGUCCUUGAAUACAUUUUGUCAUCAUUCAUCAUUGCCGAUCAUCAGCACCAAGCCUACACGGAAGCUGUGAUUGAGCUCCACAACUAUGCAGUGGGUGAACUACGGAGGUUAGCCUUACAACAUGCCGACUAUUUCGUCACAUUCUACGACCAGUUGCAACAAAAGUUUACAGAUUUGAUCGACCAACUCGGGGCUGACGAGAAACUUCAAGUGGAGCUCAAGUCGACAUUGUUCUCGGUUGUGCAGCGAGCAUCCGCCGUGGACUAUUCGCAGCGGCACUCCAAACUCCAGGGGUUCCUGGAACCAAUUGCAUCUGCCUGGAAGAGUGAUGACCUACAACAACGCCUGGCCUCCUUUGAAACUUUCACACGUUCGCAAGCCUUUGACAAAGUCGGUCCUUACCUCGACUCGUUGCAAGCAGCAAACAUUCAGGAUUGGACUUCAGUUCCUUACGAUGAACGCGGCGCGCAGAUUCAACAGGAGAUGGUUUUUGGAUAUACGAUCCUCCCUCUUCGAGAAACACGAGUCUUGCUCAGCAUUUCAACCGAGAAGCUGAGCCAAGACUCCGACCUUCAUAGGAUGAUCACAGAUCUGUGGUCGCCCAUGAUUCACAGCGUACUCGAAUAUGUCCUUCGCUUGAUCAGCUACAACCAUCGACUUCAUGACGCAUCUUCCUGGCCUAAUGUUGGACCCAACCUCCUGCCCGUCAUUAAGCGCGUUUUGAGAGACCGUUACUGGCAGUCCGGCAUUUCAGGGGGGUCCAUGAGCGCCUUCCAUAACCAGGUCAAACAGACACGCUCGACGCUGGAGGGAUUUGCGUCAUCGGUUCGAGGCCGAAUCAGGAAUAACCUCGAACAAUGUUACAGCAUCUUGCAUACGCUGGGACGCUUAGGAGACGCUUUCUAUGGGUUGCCCAAAUUGCCAGACAUGAUUGCUGAGGCAGCUCUUGAUACCAUGACUCCACUGAGUCCACAUCACUUUGCCGUUGUCAUCCAAAUGGUACCAAAGAUGAUUGACGAAUGUCCUCCAUCGAGACGCCAACAAUUUCUAACACCCAUCUUUUCAUCACUUCUUCGGCAACUCGACACCAAGCUGACCGAAGAGUGGGCCAAAAUGGACCAGAGACGGUCGACAAAGGGCGACGAUGAAAACCUUGGAGAGGAGAUGCGCGACGACUCGGUGCUGCGACAGACGACCUACAAAGGAGUCAAUCUGGUUACGUACUGGUUGAACACCAAGCGUGAGCAACAGCUUACCUCGAAGAAGUCGAUUGUCAACGGCAACUAUCUCUCUCAAGACAACCAACAGUCGAUGCGGGAAUUUUUGUUGUCUAACACGCAGAUCCUCGAUCGCCUCCUUGUUUUCAUCACACACGCCAUUGCAUUCAAAGACACUAAAUGUGCAUACAACAUGCUCAUGGCUGCAACACGGCUGGUGCCGGAUUUUGGUAACGACCAAUACAUUUCUGGUGAGGUGGCAGAGGCAGUACGAGGCUUUAUCUCAUCAGAUAUGCUCAAGACGGCUAUCACGUGUUUGAACGAUGGCUAUUUCGCCGAUCAUCAACAACACUAUGCUCAAUUGAUCGCUACGAUUUGGAUCUCCUACGGCCUACCGGUACAUGUGCCUGCAAGCGAGACAGGACCUGCACAUGACCGGCCAGCUUUGACAUCAGCUCCUCGAGACGUGAUCCUCAGUCUACCGGGAAUGACCGAGGCGAAGGUGGACCAGGCGGCUGCUCAGUUACUCCAAGAAGGCAGUGGCGGUAGCGGUAAACACAAGAAACUUAGGGCCAUCGUCCUGUCAUUGCUUGAAGGCGUCAGAGGAGUGCGACUAAGCGAGCUAGGCAAAAUCGACAUGCGUCCUCAACAAUCGAAGAUCCUGGAAAAGUACAAACAGAGAGAACUUUUGGGCAUGCAGGGUCUCGAGGAAUCUCAUCAUGUCAAUACAGAUGACGGUCCUGACCUGGGUGGUGUGGCUGACAUGUUUGGCAGUUGAAGGAAGGAAAGGGGGCAUUGGAUUGGAUUGUUUUUCUUUGCUGCAUUUCAUCACAUACGGGGUGAGCGAAUACUGGCGGUGGCUGGCGGCUACUCUUGAUUGCACUUUAGGGCGUAACGACUUGAAGACCUUAGGGUGGCGGUGGUCAUACGGUCUCAUCUCAGGAGCUGCGAUGUCUCACGAGCCUGAUGCGAGCGAUUUUUACAUAGCGGCCCACGAAAACUCCAUUACGAUAGCUGCUUAUGAUAGCUGCCUUUGUCAUAAAAAGUAAAUUGGG